GUAUCCAUGCAUCAAUAAAGUAAAUAAUAACCAAAAGCAGCCGCUCUAAAUUUACCUUCUAAAAUAAGUAAAUUUAAAGUAAAUCGGUACUAAAUCACUAAAAAAAAUGGAUGCCGUUGAAAAUAAUCUAUUGAGAGUAACACAAGCUAUCGAAAAGCAAGUUGAUGCUGUAAUCGACCAAAUAGACAAUUUGGAUACCAAUGACCUGGAACAGUUAAAAUUAAAUAGAAUAAAAGAACUGAAGAAAUUUGAAGAACAGAAAAAGAUAUGGUUAAGUCGUGAUCAUGGAAAAUACGAAGAAUUGGCAGAGGAGAAAAUGUUUUUUGACAUCAUCAAGAAGUCGGAAAAUGUUAUCAUACAUUUUUAUAGAGACUCAACCCUUAGAUGCCAAAUUGUAGACAAACAUCUAAAGAUUCUUGCUCCCAAACACAUUGAAACCAGGUUUACUAAAUUAAAUGCAGAAAAAUGUCCGUUUUUAGUAGAAAAACUGAAAGUAAAAACAUUACCUACCAUUGUUCUUAUUCAAAAUGGCGUUAUGGUAGAUAAAAUUGUAGGUUUCAGCCAGUUGGGCAAUACAGACGAAUUUACAACAGACAUACUUGAAUGGAGAAUAGCACAAAAUGGUGUUAUAAAGUAUGAAGGAGACCUAUCAAUACCUCCAGAUCAUACUGAAGAGAAAAAGAAAAUUUUCAAAACAAUUAGGAGCAGUAAUUAUGAUGACGACGAUGAUUUAGAUAUAGAAGAGUAUGGCAUAUUGAGGGAAUCUGCCAAAUCUGAAACAAGACUCAAAAAUGAUAUUCCAGAAUUAACGCCAGAAGAAGCAGCCGAGUUGGGUAUUGAUUAAAGUUGAGUGAAUUUGUUAAUGGAUAUGGUAUAUUUAUAAAAUAUUUUAUAUUAUUGAAAGUAUCCUUAGAGAUAUUCUAAUAUCACAAAAAUAAUGUUGAUAUUUUGCUAUAAUGUUUAUUCCCUCAUCUUUGCUAGAUCUCCACUCUAUUGAUUCCACCCAGUGUUUGUUUAACUUUUAGUUUUGGAUGCCUAAUAUUAACAAACACAAGUAACACUUGCUUUUUAAAUUUUUUUAAUAAAUUUUUUU